AAAAUUUUUGUGGCAAAAUCGCGGAGCCGCCGUCCUCUGGCCGCAUGCCAAAAAUUUUCCGGAAAAUCGGGAAAACAAAAAAGUGAGUGUGCACGCGCUUCAACGUCAAACGGCGGGGCCGUGAAAGACCAUUCCGCCGGUGUGUGAAAAUCGUGGAUCGGAAAAGCGUGUGAGAAGUUACAAGCGAUAUUCCACCAAAAAUUGUGUUUUUCCGGAAUAACUUUUCCGGGAAAAUCAGGAAAAUUCAGUGGACAUGUGAUACAGGUGCGCGGGGAAAUUCGGCUUGUCUGGACUACCCGGACGUCCAAAUCAGUGCAACAGCGAACAGUGCACUUUUCAAAUUUUGGGACGUUUAACUGCACCACCAAUGUACUAGAGGGCGCCACCUGUCAAAAUUAAAACUGGUCUAUCUCCGGAACCACUUGUCGGAUCCGGACGAGCAAGUGCUCGCUGGAAUCAGCAUCGCCCCGGCUAUCUGCCUGUGUUGCCAUCGUGGCCAUUUUUGGCCUUUCCAGGGCGGCCAGUUUUGACAGGUGGCCAAAAUCUCAACCGUGCACCACUCCGGAACGGGUAGCCCGAGCCAAUCGGGCAAGUGUUUGCUGACAUUGGCUUUGGCCCGGCUACCCAGCAGUGUGGCCAGCAUGGUCAAAAACGCUUGCGGCAGUGUUGCCAGUUUUGAGUGUAGUGCAUCGCUUCGUAUCGCGCGUUCAACGCAGAGUGCGACGGGCUGCGUUCAUACCCUCGUAUUAAGAGGUGCGCGUACGAACGGGAAAGUGAAACAAAACGCAGGGGAUGGGUGACGAGGCCCAACCCUUGCAAGUGAGUGCGCCGUACCAGCUGCGGUCCAGAAAAAGGUCGGUAGUGGCGACGCAGCCAUUGGCGAUUGAGCGCCCGGCAACGCCGAUGAUGGAGUUGUGCUACUCCAGCGAUGACGACGAGCUGAAUAGCACCAUCAUCGCGAUGCCGGAGCCCACGUUGGAGUGUGAGGCAGCGGAGGCGGCCAUGGACUUGGAGCCACCAGCAGCAGCACAGCCAACACCAACGGCAUCUCCUGUCCCGGGCAACGUGGUUGUUGCUGGGCCCAUCGACGCGGGAAGUUGUGCCUUGCUGAUGGCACAGCUCCAAAGCAUCGGCGCCCAGCUAACGGCGACGCUGGAGGAGCUGCGACUUUGCCGCGAGGAAAACCCGGCACUUCGUCGCGAGAACGAGUUGCUGCUCACGGGCACUCGUUCGGUGCUUGAGCUGCAGACUGCAGCGAACGCAACCCUGCAGCAGUCGUCGGGACAAGGUGGAAACCGGGAGACGGCCCGGAAGCGCCAGCAACGGCUGAGGCGGCGAGAGCGGGAACGACAGCAGCAACAGCAGCAGCAGCAGCAGCAGCAGCAGCAGCAGCAGCAGCAGCAGCAACGCCAGCAGCAGCAGCAUUGUCAGCAGCAGCGUCAGCAGCAGCCGCAGCAACAACAGCAGCAGCAGCCGCAGCAGCAGCUUUGGACAACGGUGGUAAGAGGCCGCCCGUCCCAGCGGCAUCGUCAACCGCAGCAGCAGCAGCAGCAGCAACAGCAGCAAGGUGAACGCUUUGUUCCACCACAGCUCCGGCAGCAGCGACAGCAGCAGCAGCGCCCGCAGCAGCAGCAGCAGCAGCAGCCGCACCAGCAACAGCAACAGCGUCCGCAGCAACAGCGUCAACAGCAGCAGCGACCUCAGCAGCAGCGAUCACAGCAGGGAAGCCGGCCAAGCCCGAGCUCAUUGAGGUUUCGCCCAACGAAGACCAAGACUGGGAGAGCCUUCUGCUGCUUGUGCAAACGGCAGUCAGGACUGACGAGCGGUACAAGCCGCUCAAGGACCACGUCGUCCUGGGUCGCCUUACCAGCAAGGCGUUGUUGCGUCUUACACUGAGUCGCAAGGCGAACGCACAGUAU